AUGGAUAAACCAUCACACAAUACUACUAAUUCUGUGGGGGAAGCAUUUAAACCUUUUGCUUCUUUAAUAACCACAGCAAAUACUGUGAUAAAUCAAAUUGUUGAUAUUUUUGAAAAUGCAGAAUAUAACAAAAAGAUUUGUAAUGUGUUUUUAGAUCGUCUAGGCGUUGCUCCAUUUCAAAUUAAAAAUCUAGAACGUAGAAAAGAAGAAAAUGAAUAUCUUUUUCGUAAUGUAGACUAUUACAAGCACUUUGUACGUUUUACCACUAUAUUAACAGAAAUAAAAACAUUUCUUAAUGAUAUUACUCAUCUUCCUGGAUAUAAUAAAUACAAUUCUGCAAAGAAUUUUGAAGAGAUGUUUGGAAAACUUACUCGAGAAAUUGAUACCAUCAUAGAAAAUUUAAAAUUUAAAAUGACUAUUGCUCCUGAAGAACAAAAAAAAAAGGAUCAACAAAAUUUCAAAGAGGAUCAUGAAGACAUGAAAAAGUACCAGUACAAAGAACUAACUGACAAAGAAACCGUUAGAGCAGUGAGGCCAAACCCCGAGGUUGACAAUUCUGAUGAAGAGAAAGAAGUGGAAACAGUAUAUAGUUAUCAGAUAGUUUAG